GAUUCGGACCUCAUUCAACCCACAGCACUGUCCGCCACCUUGUCAUUCUCAAACGUGAUGGUUACCCAUUAGAUCCUCACGAUAUGAUACGCAGGACGGCAUACUUACGCAUUUGUGUAUCCGAUUUCCCGAGCGGAUGCAUUUGUGUCCGCCGCCGCCGCGGCGAUUUAGAUAUAGCCCACGUAUUCUCAGCCGCAGAAGCGAACGGCCCAUACUCCACACCGUUACUACGCUUUGUAAUGGUUGAAGAACGCUUUCCAAUUGUGGGUAUAAAGAUCACUACCCACACCAACAAAGGUCCUGUUUACCACAGUUCGACUAGUCACUCUGGCAUCCGCACUUGUCAUCCGCAGAACAGUCCUGCGUUCUAUUGCCGGUAGUACUCCGUUGUCUCGCCAUUCAUCGACCUUCUCGCCUUUCAAAGCAAUGACUACGGCUUUGACUCCGUUAGGCUACGACGUUGUGGUGUCGGGCCCUAGCCACCAUGACGCUAAGGAAUCUACAGGGAAAUUGAGGCCUGCUCAUCACCUGAAUGACAAGGGGACACUUUUUACAAACCCGUGGCCGUCGUUCAGGCCUCAGACGACAGCACAAUGGACAUCGUUUUUCUUCAAAUGGUUUACGACGGAUCCAGAUGCCUCGCAGUCCCUUGCGGCGGAAAUUCCUAUUCAGGUACCGACAUGGGGUGCUACUCUGGGUUCCGACACAGUGAAGGCCACAUGGCUUGGGCAUGCAUGUUUCCUCGUAGAGCUCCCUGCACCACAAGGUGCUAGCAGAGGUCCACGAAUCAUUUUUGAUCCAGCCUGUUCUCAUCGCUGCUCACCCUUUAAAUGGCUUGGUCCCCAAAGAUAUACCCCUCUUCCGUGCCGCGUAGAAGACUUCCCGAGCAUUGAUGCCAUUGUUCUCUCACACAACCACUAUGACCAUACCGACUCACCCACAAUAGAGAAACUGCACAAACGCGAUAACCCUCAUGUCUUCGCACCCCUCGGAAACCAACCAUACCUAGCUUCCCUCGGUAUACCCAAAGACUAUAUUCACGUACUCGACUGGUGGGGUGAUCGUAAUAUCACGCUCUCUCUCCCGACAUUACCAAAGAUCGAGUCAGGCAACUCCCAACUUCCAUCUGUGAAAUCAACAUUUAAGAUCACCUGCACUCCCUGCCAACAUACUGCUAACCGUGGUAUGUUCGACCGAUGGCAUUCUCUAUGGUCGUCUUGGGCUGUAGAAGAAGUCCCAUCCGAUCAAGCUCGCACGUCCUCCCCUAAGAAAGUCUAUUUCGCUGGAGAUACAGGCUAUAGGACAGUUCGGGAUGGCGAGAACGAGGAGGAUCAGCCUGUAUGCCCUGCGUUUGCUGAAAUCGGAGAAAGAAUCGGACCGUUCGACUUGGCGUUGAUACCCAUUGGAGCAUAUUCCCCUAGAGUUAUGUGGUCAAACCUGCAUGCGCAUCCUUCCGACAGUGUCCGCAUUUUCAGAGAUGUUAAGGCGAAGAAAGCCCUGGGUAUGCACUGGGGGACCUGGGUUUUGACCUCUGAAGCAGUCCUUGAACCGCCUCGCCUGCUCAAGGAAGAAGCGAAGAAGUUGGGUUUACCUGACGGCGAUUUUGACGUCUGCGCAAUUGGCGAGACUCGUGGGUUCUAAGGAUGACAUUUUAAUUAAUCGAGGAAUAUACCCAUUUUAUUAGAUUAACUACGGUCAACGAUAGGGAUACAUGCAGGUAUUAGGCGCGGCGAUGAGUCUGGGUACUACAUUGUAAUGUCGAGCGAUUCGUGUAAUAGAUAUGAAUAGAAAACACCAGUAAAUUCUCAUCUUCUCC